AUGCCCGUCGCCACUGCUUCCAAGACUCAGACACAGACCCAGGAGCCGCUCAAGGGCACGCUCAAGCUCCAGGCCGCCACUUCUGCCACGGACGAGGCAAAGCUCGUGGACCCGUACAACUAUGUCGGAGAGGUCCUCGGCGCGGUCGACACCGACUACCCCUACGCCGAGUUCCUUCCCCACAACCCGCCCCGCACCGAGUCGGGACCCGCCCUCGAGCCGUUUGAGUUUGUUGACCGCGGCCACUUUGCCGACCCGGGGUAUGCCCGUCUGCGUGCGUUCGUCGAGGCGCACGGUGGCCGUAUCAAGGACCUCGGUAUCGCUAUCGGCACCGUGAUUGAGGGCGACGCCAAGAUGGAGGAUCUCGGCAAGGACGAGCUCGAUGACCUUGCCCUGCUCAUUGCCAGGCGUGGUGUUGUGUACUUCCGCAAGCAGCACACCCUUACGAUCGAGAAGCAGCGUGAGAUUGGUGCCCACUUUGGUCCCCUGCACACCCACCCGACUUACGCUGUUCCCCGUCGUGGCGACUUGGACGAUGUUGUCGUUGUCUACACCGACCGCAACUCGCGUCCGGACCCGUACGCCUUCUCGCGCGCCGAGCUCUUCCACUCGGACGUGACCUACGAGAUCCAGCCUCCUGGACCCACCAUCCUGCGUCUCCUCACCACCCCCGAGGUCGGCAACGACACUCUGUGGUCGUCGGGCACCGCGCUCUACUCGUCCCUCUCGCGCUACUACCAGCAGUACCUCGAGUCCCUCUCGGCCCUGCACACGGGAUUCAACCAGGCCGCGUCGCGUGUCGGAACCAUCACCGUGCCCCGCCGCGAGCCCAUCGAGACCGUCCACCCCGUCGUCCGCGUCCACCCGGUCACGGGCCACAAGGCCAUCUUUGUCAACCCUGGCUUUGUCACCCGCAUCAUUGGCGUGCCCAAGGCCGAGUCGGACAACACCCUCGCGUUCCUCCGUGACGGCUUUGCCCAGCAGACCGACGCCACCGUCAGGUGGAGGUGGGAGGCAGGCGACGUCGCCCUCUGGGACAACCGCGUCACCACGCACUCUGCCACUUUUGACGCAUACCCUUCCCAGCGCCACGGCCUGCGCGUCACCCCGCUCGCGGAGCGUCCCCUCAGCGUCGAGCAGUACGAAGCGCAGACGGGCAAGAAGGCCAUCGACUACAUCGAGGAGCGGUACGCUCUCCUCGGCAUCUCGGGACCCAAGAGCGACGAGGGCAAGACACUUGCCGGUGGCUUCCGCGACUAG